CGGAGCGGAACUGACGAGCGGAAGCGGGGUCGGCACGCGCCGCCGCCGGGCCUCGGCCGCUUCGCUGCGCGGCCCUCUUCCCCGCGCGCUCCAGCGCCAGCGUGACGCCGCCGGGGUUCGACGCCGGCUAACGAACUGUUAGGGCCGCCGCGCGGGGCGAGGCACAGGACCGAGCGGGGCUUUAGGGAUGGCGGACUCGCCCCCCGGGGCUGCGCGCCGGCGGGGCCGGGGUUGGAGGAGGAGGCGACGGGUGGGAGCUUUUCCCUCCUCGGCCUUCCGCCUUCCAGCGCUCGGCGUCACGUUCCUCUUCCUCCUGCUUCAGAGACCCCCCGCAGUUCAGUCUUCAAGGAGAUUCUCUGGAAGUGCAAAUCCAAAACAUAAUGAUUUGAAAAUAGUAGGAUCAACCACAUUUCCAGUCAAAAUUUAUGUCAAGUUGAAUCACAACAGUCCACGUAUUCUAUGUGUAACAAAUCGGCUACGAAAUUCAGAGCUGAUUGAUCCAGUAUUCCAAUGGCAUGGACCAGGAGGUGACCUUGUUGCAGAAAAUAGCAGUGUGAAAAUAACACCAACAGGAACCCUAAUAUUCAGACACUUCAAAUACGACAUGAGUGGAAUUUACACUUGUUCCCUCGUUUUUAAACCAACUGCAGAGCAGGCUGAAAAAAACUAUUUGCUCAAAUAUGUUAUUUAUGCUUAUUCUGAUCCUAACUUUUACUAUGAGUUUACAGCCCGGUACCAUGCAGCCCCCUGCAACAGUAUCUACAAUAUUUCUUUUGAGAAGAAGUUGCUUCAAAUACUAAGCAAACUUGUCAUUGAACUUUCUUGUGAGGUUACUUUACUCAAGUCAGAGUGCCAUCAUGUAAAAAUGCAGAAAGCAGGUCUACAAAAUGAAAUCUUCUUUACUUUUACAGUUUCUUCUUUAGAUACAGAAAAAAACAACAAUCCAUGUCAGCAAAAGAGUUGUGAUACUGCUAAAAGAUUAAAGAAGGCAAAAGACCUUAUAGAGAGAUUUUUUAACCAACAAGUGGAAGUGCUGGGGAAACGUUCUGAACCCUUACCUGAAAUAUACUAUAUUGAAGGUACUCUGCAAAUGGUAUGGGUUAAUCGCUGCUAUCCAGGAUAUGGAAUAAAUGCUUUGAUACAUCCAGAUUGUCCUGAUUGUUGUGUUGUCUGCAGCCCAGGAUCAUAUAAUCCCCACGAUGGAGUUCACUGUCUUCAGUGCAACCAUACUUUGAUAUAUGGAGGAGCAAAAUGUUAGCAGAAUGUCAAUAGGAAUACAUUGCUCUUCAGUAGCUCUGAUGUAUUUCAUUUUUAAUAUAGUAAUAUCAAUAAAAUGAUUUUAACAACUUGUACGGUGAAUUUUGGUUCUAUCAAUUUGUUUUAAAAAGGAGUAAUAUCUAGUCAUUUUAAUAAAAUAUUAGGUCUUGUACCAUU